AUGGCUUCCCCACAGCUUGAGUCGCAACACGAGACUAUCUCCAAGUCACCGGGUGAAGCUACCACUGCCGCUCACUUUGAGGACACCGAGAAGAGUCAACUAGACAGCUUCAACUUCACUGAAGAUGAAGAGAGGAGACUCAUACGCCGAAUUGACCUCAGACUUGUUCCCAUCGUGGGUCUCAUGUACUGCGUUUCACUCAUUGACCGUACCAAUGUAGCGGCGGCGAGCAUUGCAGGCAUGAUGGAAGACCUUCAGCUCAUUGGCAACAGAUACUCUAUUAUCACUCUUGUCUUCUUUACCACCUACAUCAUCUUCCAACCGCCUUCCACCAUCAUCGUUCGCAAGCUUGGCCCUCGUAUCCACCUAGCUGGUAUUACACUGCUUUGGGGAGCCGUCAUGAUUGGUAUGGGCUUCACUACCAAAUGGGAGCAACUUGCUGCCCUGCGUGUUAUCCUUGGUCUCCUCGAGGCUGGCUUCUUUCCUAGCUGCAUCUACCUGCUGAGCACGUGGUAUAAUAGAUACGAGAUGGGCAAGAGAUACGGUCUUUUCUACGCUUUCGGUGCUGUUACUGGGGCCUUUGCAGGAAUCAUGGCUUAUGGUCUUGUUCACAUGCAUGGCAUCAAUGGUAUGGGUGGCUGGCGCUGGCUCUUCAUCAUCGAAGGUAUACUUACCUGCGCCAUCGCAUUAAUUGGCUACUGGCUCCUCGUCGACUUUCCCGACUCUGGCCGAAGCAAUUGGAAAUUUCUCUCAGAACACGAACGCGCCUGGGUAGUGGCUCGUGUCAAUACAGACCGUGGUGAUGCUAGGCCAACCCAGUUCAACCUCAGGAAGUUUCUCUUCCACAUGCUCGACAUCAAAGUCUGGGGCUUCGGGCUUCUCUUCUUUUGCUGCUCGACUCAAGGUUAUGCAAUGUCGUUUUUCACGCCCAUCAUCCUCACCAGUGGUAUGGGGUUCAAUCGUACUGCUACUCAGCUUAUCAACAUCACGCCGAUGCUUGCGGCUGCAGUUGCCAUGUAUGCUACUGGCUAUAUUGGAGAUCGAUUCAGGAUCCGAGGUCCUCUGAUUGUGUUCAACUCUGUACUCGCCAUUGUUGGCAUGUCGUUGAUGGGAUUUCACCGUGUGGUUGGUGUCCGCUUCUUUGGCAUCUUCCUCACUGCUGCAGGAGUCAACGCCAAUCUCCCUAUCAUUAUGACCUACCAGGCAAACAACAUCAGAGGGCAGUGGAAGCGCGCCUCUUGCAGUGCUGUCCUUGUGGGACUUGGCGGUGUUGGUGGUAUUGCUGGUAGCUUGAUCUUCAGAAAGGCUGAUCGAGAUGGUGUUGUGCUCGAAGAUGAGCCUGAUUCAGAGGUCCCAGAAGGAGAAAGAGGUUCAUUUAGGUACACAUUCUAG